CGUCCUCACGCACACGCGCAGAUGUUGGGGGCGGGCCAGCGGUUCCAGUGGCGGUUCGUGGAGCUGGGUUUUCUCUCUUUGGCGGCAGGACUCAGGCUAACUGUUAAAGAUGUCGUACAUGCUUCCACAUUUGCACAAUGGUUGGCAGGUAGAUCAAGCUAUUCUUUCAGAAGAGGACCGGGUUGUUGUCAUUAGGUUUGGACAUGAUUGGGACCCCACUUGUAUGAAAAUGGAUGAAGUUUUAUAUAGUAUUGCAGAAAAGGUAAAAAAUUUUGCAGUUAUAUAUCUUGUGGAUAUUACAGAAGUACCAGACUUCAAUAAAAUGUAUGAGUUGUAUGAUCCCUGUACUGUCAUGUUUUUCUUCAGGAACAAGCACAUCAUGAUCGAUUUGGGUACGGGUAACAACAACAAGAUUAACUGGGCAAUGGAAGACAAGCAAGAGAUGAUUGACAUAAUAGAAACAGUAUAUAGAGGCGCUCGUAAAGGUAGAGGUCUCGUGGUUUCUCCAAAAGACUAUUCCACCAAAUACAGAUACUGAUGUUUUUUUGGGGAUCGGUGUUCUAAUUCUUUAAGAGUAUGUAAAGACUCUUUGGGGUUUUUUGUGUGUGGAGGUUUUUGUUUUUUGUUUUUUGUUGUUAGAUAUUUAAAUCCUUUGGAGAAAAUGCUUGGAAGAUACAUGAAAUAAGGAGCUGUAACAUCUUUUUGGAAUAAGGGCUAUAAAGCUUUACAUUUUAAGUGUAUUUUUAUAUGAUUAAAUAACUAUAAACAAUUCAUA